CUGCGUGUGUCUCGCUGUCCCGGAAGCCGCUGACCCGGCCCGAGCUGGCUGUCCUGCGCACGGCUACCCUCCUAUUCCAGCGCGCGGCCGCUCGCCGCCUGCACCUUCCGGGCCCCUUGGGCCCCAGCCGCUCACCUUCCGCCGGAGCCAUGCCGGGUCCGCAGGCCGGGAGCAGAGCCCGAGUGUACGCCGACGUGAACACCCUGAGGAGCCGCGAGUACUGGGACUAUGAGGCGCACGUCCCCGCCUGGGGGAAUCAGGAGGAUUAUCAGCUGGUCAGAAAACUGGGCCGGGGGAAGUACAGCGAGGUCUUUGAAGCCAUAAACAUCACAAACAACGAGAGAGUCGUGGUCAAGAUCCUCAAGCCCGUUAAAAAGAAGAAGAUUAAGCGUGAGGUGAAGAUUUUGGAAAACCUGCGCGGCGGCACCAAUAUCAUCCGGCUGGUGGACACCAUCAAGGAUCCGGUGUCGAAGACCCCAGCUCUUGUGUUUGAAUACAUCAAUAACACCGACUUUAAGCAGUUGUAUCAGGUCCUGACCGACUACGACAUCCGCUAUUACAUGUACGAGCUGCUGAAGGCCCUGGAUUAUUGCCACAGCCAAGGGGUCAUGCACCGAGACGUGAAGCCACAUAAUGUGAUGAUUGACCACCAGCAGAAAAAGCUCCGGUUGAUAGACUGGGGCCUGGCGGAGUUUUACCACCCAGCCCAGGAAUAUAACGUCCGCGUGGCCUCCCGAUACUUUAAGGGGCCCGAGCUGUUGGUCGAUUACCAGAUGUACGAUUACAGUCUGGAUAUGUGGAGCUUGGGCUGUAUGCUGGCCAGCAUGAUCUUCAGGAAGGAGCCCUUCUUCCACGGCCAAGACAACUAUGACCAGCUGGUCCGAAUCGCCAAAGUGCUGGGCACAGAUGAGCUGUAUGGCUACCUAAAGAAAUACCACAUCGAGCUGGAUCCUCACUUCAACGACAUCCUGGGGCAGCACUCCCGGAAGCGCUGGGAGAAUUUCCUGCACAGCGAGAACCGGCACCUGGUGAGCGCCGAGGCCCUGGACAUGCUGGAUAAGUUACUGCGUUACGACCAUCAGCAGCGGCUGACCGCGCGGGAAGCUAUGGAGCACCCGUACUUCUAUCCCAUAGUAAAGGAGCAGCAGGCUCAGACAGACGGCACUGUGCUCCCGGGCAGCCUGUCAGCCGCUCGAUGAGGACUGGGGAUUGUGGGGCACCGCUGCUGGUCCCACCGCGUUUCCGUGAGCAGAAUGGAAUAACACACAGAAACCGGAGACAGCCGCAGGAAACAUGGACAGCACGGGACCCGUCUUCUUCAUUAGUCCCCGCAGCACCGGUGUCCACAAUCCCAGAGGAGUGAGAGGCCAACGGCUCGUUCCAAUGCUGGACUCAGACCUCCCACCCCUUCUGCACGCGUGAGGGUAGGAAGAUUCGGAGUCUGCUAAAUGCACCCUGGUUAACCCUUUGCCUUUUGGACAGAGCUUCCUCGUAGGGUUGAUCAGGCGUCUCCUAGCAGGUCCUGCGCAGUGUCACAAGCGUAGCUCCUCGAGCCACGACGGUGGAUUGCGUUAUUUGGAGCCGUCACGCAGUAAAGAUCUGAGAGAUACGGUAGAGUCACCUCUGUAGAAGCAGCAAUAGCCCCUUUACUCGUUACGGAUAUCCAGGGAUGUUUUAGCUUCUAAGGCCUGCGAGUCUGAGCGCUCCUUUUCGGGGUAGGAUUAGUGUUCCUCGAGGAGCGGGUCUUCAGGGCUUUUCCAAGCCGCGGGGAGGUCUACUUCUUCCUGUUUGUUAAAAAGUUACAUGAGAGACCCCCUAGGACAGCCCGGUGCCAGGCAGACACUACAUCUGCCACCUGCCAUGUCCCCCCCGGCAGCAGCUCAUGCCUCGGAAACGCGGCGUGACGGACAGCGCGACAGCUGCAGCGCCCCCCGUCCCCAGUAACACGUCUACUGCGGGUUGUAACGCUACCUCAGUGACCAUGUGGCCACCUCGGCUACGCCGCCUAAAGGAUCAGACAUUGUGUCGCCCUCUUUAUUCUAUUGUGCAAACUCAUGGGGUGACUGCCUGCUGCCCCCUCCUUCAGCUGCUGCCCCCCGGGUGGUGGAAGGGGCUGCCGAAGGCUUGGGGUGUUUUGAUAAGAAGAGGUCUGAGGUCAGGAACUCCUAGUGUUAAUCCGGGGGGUCUGAAGACUUUACCCCUGUGCGGGGGGCUGAGAAGUGCAGUUUUAGCGGCCCCUUUUUGUUUCUCAGGUGGGUGAGGGAUUUGUGUCUCACCCCCAGGAGUGUCUGCUCCUUACGUUCUGGACGGACCCGCGUGGACACGAAGUGUUGGCUGAACGUUGUCCUCUUGGCUGUAUGAUCUCCACCGCGCAGGAUCCGCUCUAUAAAUACCUCUGUUAAGCAGCGUGGACUCUUUUCGGUCUGUUUCCUGUGUGCGUGACACGUGUGCUUUUGUUUUGUGUGUUUGCGUGCAGCAGUCGCGUGGCUCUGUGUACAUCCUUUUGCCAGGUCUGGUGGUCCGGAGCUCCCGGUCGGUGCGAUGGGACUGGACGGAGCCGUCUGCUCCUCCCGGCGGCCCCCAGGAAGGCGUUAUCGGUGUGACGGCGGCUUGGCGGGGAGUCUUGCGGCAGCAGCCAGUCUGACCAUCGCACCCCGUGUCGUAAAAUGAGGAUCUGUUUAAAUAAACGAGCUGCGCAUUUAUAGAAA